AAGAAGAUCGGGUCUGGUCUUGAGCACAGUCCACGGCGUCUUCUCGAUUUAAUUUUUUAAAAAAGGAUCCAAACCACAGAGAGAGAGAUAGCUAUGGAAGGAGGAGCUGGUCUCUCCAAUCCUCGCACCGUCGAAGAAGUUUUCAGGGAUUUCAAAGGCCGUAGAGCCGCCAUUGUCAAAGCUCUCACCUCCGAUGUUGGAGAGUUUUACCAGCAAUGCGACCCUGAGAAAGAGAAUCUUUGCUUGUAUGGGUUACCAAACGAACAAUGGGAAGUUAACUUACCAGCUGAAGAAGUGCCUCCAGAGCUUCCAGAGCCAGCUCUAGGCAUUAACUUUGCAAGAGAUGGACUUUCUGAGAAGGAAUGGCUUUCUCUUGUUGCUAUCCACAGCGACACUUGGUUGCUCUCAGUCUCUUUUUACUUCGGGUCCAGAUUCGCUUUCGACAAAGCUGAUAGGAAACGCUUGUUUGAUAUGAUCAAUGGGGUUCCUACCAUAUUUGAAGUAGUCACUGGAAAUAUGAAAAAGCAAACAAAGGAAAAGUCCUCUGCUGCAAAUCGAAAUGGCAAUCUAUCCAAGUCUGAUUCGAAAGUGAUAUCUUCAGAUGGCAAAAACUCAAAGGCAAUGCAGGCAAACAAUGAGGAAGAUGGAUCAGAGGAAGAGGAUGAGGAUGAACACGGGGAAACCCUUUGUGGUGCUUGUGGAGACGGUGAUGGUACUGGUACUGAUGAUUUCUGGAUCUGCUGUGACGUUUGUGAGGUAUGGUUCCAUGGGAAGUGUGUGAAGAUAACUCCAGCUAGAGCUGAACAUAUCAAACAGUACAAGUGCCCUGCAUGUAGCAACAAAAGAGCACGACCUUAAAUGUUCUAUUAUAGAGAGUAGCCUGUAGUAAGAAACUCUUACUACCCUCAUCUUUAUUUGGCUAGUCUUAUCUCUUUAUCCACCAUAACAACUUAGCCCUAUUUCUCAUUUGAAUUGCUGUAUAAUUGGUUUGUUUCCAGAAACAUAUUUCCAAGUCCAUUAAUCAAACUGCUCAUAUGCAGCUAGCUUUAAAACCAUCA